GUGGUGAGAGCUGUUUUGACGGAGUCAAAAGCUUCCUGACAGUAAGGUGUCCAAUCAAAGUGGACUCCUUUUCUGAGUAGUCUGUACAAAGGUGAAACUUUGCUGGCCAUAUGAGACAGGAUGUGUCCUAGGAAGGAAAUCUCCCUUUGGAACAACUCACACUUUUUGGCUUUGAGGAGGAACCCUUCAGCCCUGACUCUAUUAAGGAAGGCUUCCAGCCGUUGCAACAUUUGUUCAAAGUUGUCUCCAGCUAUGCAGACAUCAUCCAGGGGUACUGGACGUGCGUUCUGUUUGAUGGGUGGAUGGUCGCCGGUGUCUAUCCUGAAUUUCAUCCAUGGGCAUCGACCAAAUGUGAAGUUGUCUGGUGCAAAUACAUCGUGGUGUCUGCGAAUGAGUUUUUCUACUUCUACCUUUUGUUCGGGUGGCAAGGCAGUGGCUUUGAUCAUGGCAUCUAAGUCUGCAGACCGUCAAGCUGGCGAUGACCGGUCUGGCUGUCAAGCUGGCGAUGAUCAACCCCCUCCGCUCUUGCCUGAGACGUUAUUAUGGGACCUGUCGUUUCCGGAGGUGAAGCAGAAGUGGACAGUUUCCUUUCCGACUCCGGAGUCCACUGAUCGUCAUGGCAAGCAACGCGUCAGACAAUUCCGACUCAUCAACCACCAGGUCAGUUUCCAACUUUGUGGAAACCUGCCUCUCUACGAAAGGUUUCAGCAAGAUUUUCUGAUUCGCACGUAUUGGAUAGGACAGAUUGCCACUGGCGAAAUCUCCCUUGUGCACAGAGUUUACAACUUUGUAUGGAACUUGGAUGUCAUUUUCAAGUUCAAGCAUUUUAGUUUUGGUGUUGACAACACCUUCGAAUGUAUCAAUGAAAUCAUAGCCAAUUAG